UUUAAACGCGCGGCUGACGUCACUAAACUUUUUAAGCAGCCGGAGUGAGCGGAGUAGAGCAGUCAGGCGGAGGGCGGCGCGGAGCAGAUGCCUGCCGGCUGCCUCUGUUCAGCGCGGAGCGACGGCAGAACGGCGUCUUUUGCUGUGGAUCCCCUCAGAACAGUCCAUCUUCACGAUGAACAGAGCCUUCAGCAGGAGGAAGGAUAAACCCAUCAUGCACAACCCUGAGGCCCUGGUGAAGUACCAUGUAGCGUACAGUGCUAAGUUUUUAGGAAUCACAGAAGUUGACCAACCGAAAGGAACAGAUGUUGUUCGCAUAGCCGUGAGGAAGCUGAAGUUUCAAAGGCAUAUCAAAAAGUCGGAAGGCCAGAAGAUUCCCAAAGUUGAACUGCAGAUAUCCAUAUAUGGAGUGAGAAUAUUGGAUCCAAAAACAAAGGAGAUACAGCACAACUGCCAGCUGCACAGGAUGUCCUUCUGCGCUGAUGAUAAAACAGACAAAAGAAUCUUCACUUACAUCUGCACUGAGCCAGAGACCAAGAGGCACCUGUGCUACGUGUUUGACAGCGACAAAUGUGCAGAAGAGAUCACUGUGGCCAUUGGUCAGGCGUUUGACCUGGCCUAUAAAAAGUUCCUGGAGUCUGGCGGGAAGGAUGUGGAGACAAGAAAACAGAUAGGCAACUUACAAAAACGGAUUCAGGAUUUGGAAAUGGAGAAUUCAAAGCUGAAAAAGCAGCUUCAGGACCUGGAAGACCAGCUGACCAGCACUCAGUCAUCACCAUUGCAUGUAAACUCCACUAAUGAAGCCCACACGCUGCAGAGGCCCUCUGCCCUCUUCUGCUGGGCUGAUGACGUCACCUCGCUCUGCUCUCUAGACAUUUCCUCUGUCACACUAACGCCUGCCAGUUCACCUGAUUCCAACCAAUCAGCAGGCCUGCUCACUCCACCUCCUGCUAAACCCGCCCACUUUCAGCCAGCCAGUGAUUGCAGUGUUCCUCGGCCUCGAGCUGGAAGCAUCCCAGCGAGAGCGUCCUCUACAGACAUAUUUGACAUGGUGCCAUUCACACCAGCAUCUUCCUUGUCAAGAAUACCAAACGGUAACGGGACCCCACCUCUCCCUCCACUGUCUCCCAAAGAGAAAGGUAUAGAUCUGUUUGGAGCUGUGCCCUUUGACCCCUUCAUCUGUGGCCUUGCUGACUAUACCCCAGAUAUCCAGUCCAAGCUGGAUGAGAUGCAGCGGCAAAGAUGGAGGGGUUCAAAAUGGGUCUGACUUUGGAGGGCACUGUUUUUUCCCCGGAUCAAGUGGACAGUCGAUGCUGAUGUCAACGACCGUUUCUGUGGGUUUCUAAACUCUAAACAGUGUCUGAGCAGUAUUUCUAUUUACAUUUUGCAUUGGGUGAGAAGUGAAACUUGGAGCUGUGGAACAGGCUGUACAGGUUGUUUCUAUUUUUAUAUUGUACAAAAUCAGUCUAUAGAUAUUUGACAGCUUUACUGAAGAUCACAGAUUAUCUGUAUGUCAUGACUGAGGAAGUGCUGCGAGGAGACGGUCAUAAACUGUGUUUUUAGAUAUUUGUCUCAUUGAAAACACUGUUAACAUACAUCCACCGUGUCAAUACAUGUUCAUCAGUAGUGGUUAUAAGACACUGAUCAAUAGUGGAAGUUUGCUUUAGAUAAAUAGAUAUAUUUUCCUUUGUCUUUUCCACAGGAAUGUUUGCAUUUUCUACAGUUGACUCUCAAAUACACAAACUAAUCCACCUUUAUCAUCAACAUUUGUGUGAAUACGGUAUUUAUGCAAAAUAGCCAGUAUUUACUUUAUGAUGUGCUCAGUAUUGCGUUUGGUAAAUAAAGGAAAACUCACUGAA